UUAUUCUGUGUUAAUCAAGAUUUGUAAACAAUUUCAGCAAGGUGCAGUAAAAGUAAAACUGUAAAUUUUAUCUUUUUAUCCCUUAAAGUACCUAAAACUACCAUGGGAAACUGGAAAUUAGAAGUCGGGCGGAUGGCGAUGUACAUGUCGUUUCCCGUGAUAUUAUUUCAUAUUUUCAACCAGCCUACUUACUUUGAGGAGUGGGUAACCAACACAAAAAGAUCCAUCUUUCCACCGGAGAACCAACAACACCGUGAUGACAUCAACCAGCUCAUCAAGGACAUGAGGAAGAAGCAAAUUCAAUCUUUAGACAGUGAUUAGUGUCACACCUACAUCUUAUGGUGUUAUGGUAAAAGGACGUUAUUUUGGUUGCAUAAUUAUGUAAUUUGUAAUUAUUAAGGAUUUAUUAAAUAACUGUAAAUAGAUUUUAUUGAGAGUAA